AUGUCUACUACCGAAGAAAAAUCAACGCCAUGGAGUACCUACUUUAAUAUAACACUACCAGAAGAUUAUAGCUUCUUAGAGUAUUAUAAAUACCGAUCGAAACAAACAGAUUUUACUUCCUCUUUUAAGAAGGAGACGCACAAACUAAAAAAAGAUCCCGAGAAUCUAAUAAAGGAUGGCUUGGAUGAAAAAAGGAAAGGUGCCAGUCGAUUGGAAGAAAUUCGUAGGGAAGGAACCCACUCAACUACGGGAGGCUCUCUCGAGGAAGAAAGUAAAUUGCCACUAGCAAGUGACAACAAGGAUUCAUCCAAAUUUAUACAUGAAGACGUCCCUGCAUAUUGGGGAGUGCUUGAUCUAACUAGAGAAAGUCUAUAUGAAUGUAGAGAAAUUACUGAAAACGACUUACAACAAUUAUCUCAAGAUUUUGCUAAUCAUGUUAAGUGGGAAUGUGAACCUGCCCCAAUAAAUAUCCAGAAUUACUUUGACAGCCAUUGUGAAAAACUCGACAAUAGUGAUGAAAAUAAAUAUUUCGACACAAAUGUACAAUUUUUAAAGAUUAACAUGCAUUCUUUCCAAGGAAUGCUGACCGAAGAGCAAUUAAAAACGACAUCAUCUUUUCCAUUGUUUAACGGAAUAUUUACAUCAAAUCGCAUGAAGCAUGCCUAUGAUGCAUGCAAUGAAAAGUCGAAUCCCUAUAAAAAAUCCCGAAUGGGAAGGAAGGUUGACAUGAAAGUAACGUUAUUAAAAACGCCAAAUAAAUUUGAGGCACUCUUCGGAGAAGUUGCAGGUGGAUUAGGACCAUUUGGAGUUCCUACAGCUUGUCGCAAGAAACGAUUUCUAGAUAAAUUGAAAUUAAUGAGUGUGACCAAUGAAAGGUUAGAAGUUAUAGUCUAUGGCUGGCUUCAGUUUGGCUUAGAGCUGAACUUUUACGCGAUGGAUUGGAGAGGAUCUGGCGUAUAUAGAUUCGGAUUGCUAGACAGAUGCAGGAUACCUGUCGAUGAUAAUUAUUGUAACAUAUUGGAAGACGCAUAUUGUAUACUCAAGUUGCUUGAAAAAAGGUUGCUUGAUACCGAAAUAUCUGUAAACGAUCUAUUUUUGAAGAACACACGAGGGAAAAGACGACAAAUCGUAUUGGAAAACAAAGCGGAACUAAAUAUCACUCGUUCUCCCUAA